CUUUAUUAAAUGACUUUCUUCAAAAAGAUAACAUUGAUUACUUUUUCAACUAUUAUCGAAAUCAAAAUCAUACAAUUCAAAGUUCUUUUAAUGGUUUUUAUGAAUCUGAAAAUCAAUUUUUCCAACAUCAACAACAUUAUCAAAAUUAUCAGGAAUUCAAUUGGAAUGUAAACAAAAAGGAUUUGUCUAAUCUAGAAAAAUCAAAAAGCUUAAAACUUGACUCAAUUUUUAAUACUGAUGAAAUUUAUAGAAAUUUAUUUUCCAACUCUUCCUUUCUCAAUACUAUCGACACAAAUGAUCAAUCAAUAAUUAAUU